AUGACUCCAUCCGCCAACCGCAUACUUGACCGCGACCAUGAAUCGCCCAAGGGCAUUCGACGCCGCGCCAGCAAGACACAUACACCAUCUUCGAAGGCUUCCACGUCGCUCAUGGACCGCACCAAUACCACGCGGACACGAUCAAACUACACCAUGACGACCACAAGCAGCACGCCAGGCGUCGGAAUGACAACUUUCCUUCCUGAGAUGAACAGCACUCCGCCGAUGCCCACCUUCCAGAAGCCAGACAUGGAGACGCCGACCCCAUUGCGCAGAGAGCGACCAAGAGAGUACGCCACUCCUUCACGUACACAAGGCUUAAGACGCCCGGACACACCUCGCGCAGAGAGAAGCAUUGAAGACCUGUUCGUGCAAUCAGCGCGGAAACCUCACGUGCCAUACUCUACCACCCCACUCAUCGAUCGUGUCCCCGGCACACCACCACUGCCUCGCAACUGGGGCCGUCGACAAGACCGAGCGAUCUGCAUUCUCGACGCGAGCAAUUACAGCUUGGGUGGCAUUGUGGCCAAGAUUCGUCACGUCUUCCCAGAUCUGGAUGGCACCUUGACACCAGCUAUGGUCGACAAGAGACUUCGGCAGUUGGAUCAGAUCAUUGAGAUUGACUAUUGGGCUGUUGGAUUGGCAAAGAAUGAAAAGCAGCAACGCAAGGAGAAAGCGAAACUUGAGGAGGCAGAAGCGAAGAGACUUGAGAGCAGUAGCAUGUUGAUGGGAGGUAGUGCCAGAGGUGUUGCUGAUGAGGCUAGGAGUGAGAAGGAGGAUCUUGUAAGGGCUCAGAAGAAGUCGCGUUCGAAGGAGAAGGUCAUCGAUGGGAGCAGAGUUGAUGCGGAUAUGGAAGCUCGGGAUCCGGUCGCAAGGGGGUUCUUGUCAAGCUUUCGCACACAGAUUGCAUGA